AUGCAUUUUUGGAUUAUUUUAGAAGGUAAUUUAUAUUCCAAACAUUUUAUUAUAAAUGAAGAACAAAAAGAUUCGAUAGAAUCAGGUGAAUCUUAUUCUUUGAACUAUUAUGAACAUUUUAAUCAUUAUGUAAGAAUUCAAUUGGACGAACAAUCGCCGUUGCAAUCGAGUAAGGAUCGAGAAUUAAGAGGACAACAAUUUGGCGAGAUACGAACAGUCAAUGAAGCAAAACAGUUAUUAGGUGAUGACGAGAAUAAAGACUAUCCGAUUUAUCGAAAACAAGAUAGUGUAGACGGAGUAGCCACUCUCUGUACAGCACAUUUUGAUUUAUUAGCAGCGAAACUAUAUGUUUAUAAAAAUAAUCUCAAAUCAUCAUUACCAACUAUCGAAUUUGAUUUAAAUAGUUUAUGA